AUGAUUAAUGCGUACCCCUGCCAUGACCUCUCCCUGGCCACGCCCCCCCGCACCUCCAGCCCCGCCCCCUCGGGCCCCGCCCCCUCGGGCCCCGCCCAGGGGGGCGUGGCCUCGCUCGGCCCCGCCCCCGGCUCCGCCCCCUCCCCGGCCGGGGGUCCCGAGGGGGUCCCGGGGGAUCCCCCGGAGCCGGACCCGGCGCUGGAGCGGCGCCUCCUGCUGCACCUGUCCGACCUGGCCACGCCCCUGCCCGCCGACGCCGCCGCCAUCCGCAGCGCCAUCGCCGGGGGCGACGCGCAGGUGACGCUGCGGGCGGUGGAGAGCCUCCUGCACAAGUUCGCGGCGCAGGAGCUGAUCGAGGUGCGCCGGGGGCUGCUGCACGACGGCCCCGCCCUCGUCACCUGCGCCGACCACUCCAAGCUGGCCGCCAUGGCCGCCGCCGCCGCCGCCCCGCCGCCGCCGCCGGGCGGGGGGCGCCGGCGCGAGGCGGAGCCGGCCGGCGGCGCCGGGGAAGGGAAGGAGGCGGCCAAGCGGUGCCGGCGGGCGGCGGCGGCGGCGGCAGCGUCGGACGUGGAUCUGGAGAUCGAGAGCCUGCUGAGCCAGCAGUCCACCAAGGAGCAGCAGAGCAAGAAGCCCCCCGCGCAGGCCACGCCCCCCGCGCCGCCCCGCGGCCCCGCCCCGCCCGACGCCGGCGCCGACCGCCUCUUCCCGCCGCAGUGGAUCUGCUGCGACAUCCGCUACCUGGACGUGUCCAUCCUGGGCAAGUUCGCCGUGGUGAUGGCGGACCCGCCCUGGGACAUCCACAUGGAGCUGCCCUACGGGACGCUGACGGACGACGAGAUGCGGCGCCUCAACAUCCCCGUGCUGCAGGACGAGGGAUUCCUCUUCCUCUGGGUCACUGGCAGGUCCCAAAAUCCCCCGGAUUUGCCCCAAAAAUCACGAGAUUUGAUCACGCUGGGGAACCAGCUGGACGGGAUCCACCUGCUGGACCCCGACGUGGUGGCGCGGUUCAAGCAGCACUACCCCGACGGCGUCAUCGCCAAGCCCAAGAACCUCUGAACGCCGAAUUUAUUUCGGUUUUUUUGCGUUAAUUCGGGGCUUUUCUGUGAGUUUUAUUUGGGGUUUUUAUGCAUUUA